UCUUGCUCCUCCAGGCUACAUGAUGGGAUGCGUGACAACGUGGCACCGAGAAGCCAAUAAGAAGUCAACUCAGUGCAUUUAAUACGGUGGCCUGCGUGUUAUUGGUCAGAGUCCUCUGUAGGGGCGCGCUGAUUGGUCGCCGAACGCCACGACCCGCCCCCGCCGUUGCUCUUUACAGAGUGCCAACGCGGAGCAGAGACGCCGCGAGCAGCACGCUAACGGAGGGAGGUGUCGCGAGAGAGGACGCACCGUCAGUCAGUAAAGUCAUGUCUCCGCUGAGGUCGAUAGCGCCCCUUUGCGUCCUGGCCGUCGUUGCCUUCGCCGUGCCCGCCCAGGAGAAGCGCGUCCAUCACCGCAGCGAUCUGAGCGAUCACGCCCACAAGGACGGCGAGGGUUACCAGUAUGACCACGAGGCCUUCCUGGGCAAGGAGGAGUCCAAGACCUUUGACCAGCUGACCCCGGAGGAGAGCAAAGCCAAACUGGCGAAGAUCGUGGAGCGCAUCGACACCGACAAGGACGGCUACGUCAACCACGCAGAGCUGCACUACUGGAUCAAGCACCGGCAGAGGAGGUACAUCGAGGAGAACGUCAACAAACACUGGAACGACUACGACAUGAACCACGACGGCAAGAUAGGCUGGGAGGAGUACAAAAACACCACCUAUGGCUACUACCUGGACGAGGCAUUUGACGACGUCGAAGACAAGGCCACCUACAGGACGAUGCUCACCCGCGACGAAAGGCGCUUCAAGACGGCCGACCGAGAUGGCGACGGCAUCGCCACGCGGGAGGAGUUCACCGCCUUCCUUCACCCUGAGGAGUUUGAUUACAUGAAAGGUGUUGUGGUGCAGGAAACCGUGGAAGACAUCGAUAAGGACGGGGAUGGCAAGAUCAACUUAGAUGAGUACAUCGGUGACAUGUACACAUCGGAGAACGGGGAGAAGGAGCCCGACUGGGUCCAGACGGAGCGGACGCAUUUCUCAGAAUUCAGAGACACCAACAAGGACGGCUUCCUGGACGCCGACGAGGUGGCCCGCUGGGUUUUGCCGGGAGAGGUCGACCACGCUGACAACGAAGCCAAACACUUGAUCCACGAGACAGACACCGACAAGGAUGGGAAAAUAACCAGGAAGGAGAUUCUGGCCAACUGGAACAUGUUUGUUGGCAGCCAGGCGACCAAUUACGGGGAAGAUUUAACAAAAAGGCACGACGAGCUUUGAUGCGCGCUCAGAAGCUCGUUUGUGUUAAUAUUUCGCAAUUUUUAAUUUUUAAAAUUUUUUUUUGAGGUUUGUUACCGUGGACCCUGCACAUCCACGCCCACCCAGGAACACUAAUCCAUUCAGAUUGAGCAUGCACUUACAUACUGUGUAUGUGAAUACAGAUGAUGCUGAUGAUCCUACACACACAGUUCACUCCAUUUUAUUUACAUGUCCAUUUGAUUUUUUUUUUAUUUUUUAACUGACAUGCAUAUUCUCAUAGAUAACGUACCGCUUCUGUCCAGUGAAAACUGUAUCCCCAAAAUCUAGAAAUUACAACCCAGGUGCGGAUAAUGUUCAACAUCUAUUGGCAUUCGCUGAAACGAUGCUCCUUUUCCUACGAGGUACAGAAGUGGACUUACGUGGGGUUGUAAUGGUUCCGCGGAGAUGUCGAGUUUUGACCCCAGACAGACGUGGUUACACACUCGGUCAGAGGGCGUAUAAGUUGUGAACAUUGUCUGUCAAAAUCUGUGUGAAAUGCACAAUUGGAAGAAAGGAAGAGGGUUUCUUUUUUUUUGGGGGGGGUGACUAUUGAAUAAAGUCUUGUUUUUUUUUCUACAUGUUAUUCUGUUUGCACUGACUGCUCUUACACUGCUGUGUUAUAUGAUUGUGAUUCUGACACCAGUAUUAUUAGGCAGUGUAGCUCUCUACUCUCUGGUUUUUGACUGUCAUGAUUUCUCACUUUAUAUGGGCUCAUGCAGUCAAUUACUCGUAGUGCAGAAUUCAUCUCCACCUCACUUACAUGUGAUACGGUGCCAUGAUGCGUUUGGGUAAAUAAUGAUGAUGAUCACUAAGUCUGACACGGUCGAGUUUACCCGCUUAGUUUACAGCGCAAGGUGAUUCAGGAGUCAAACCAGUAGUGUGAGUGGUUGGAAAAGUUAGCUAAAAGUGUUUAAUAGGUAAGUAAAAAGUAAAAGAAACAUGUGACUGUACAAGUGGUUACAUACGGAACACUCUGUGGUGUCAGGCUCAAGAAAUACAUUUUUCCCAUCAUCCCCUCGGACAUAUUUGGCUGUGUUCCAGAGAGCCGCGCUCUGAAAAAUGUUGGAGCGGUGGGUACAUUUUUUUUCCCCUGUUGUAAUCUCUUAGCUGUCUCUUUCUCUUAACACUGUACGCAACGUGCAGUGUUAAGAGAAAGUGUGUUUUUUGUCUCUGUUCUCUGUCUUGUUUCUGCUAAUGUAGUCUACAGCUGGUCUCGGCACUUUCCGCCCGACUCAGCAUCGUCAUCACGAUACAGACACAGCCAGUAUAUGGAGCUACUAAGCAUUCAUUAUUCACCAACUCACAUACGCACGCUCAG